AUGGGCUGUACCAGCAGCGUUCCAAACGUGGCCGAAGUUCAUGCGAAUUCUACAGAUGAAACUAGGCAGUAUUCAGAAAACAGCGACAAAAAUGAUAUGAAAGAAGAUAAUGUAGUAACUGUGGAGAAAAAUGAAGAUGUAUUAAAAAAAGAAAUUGUGCUUCCUAUAUGUGAUAAUAUGCAUAAGCCAAUAUUAGAUAGAAAUAAUUGUUUUAAAGUUUCUUCCAAUCCGAAUAUCAUCCAAGACAAACCGCAAAAAGUGGAUACUAUCAUAGAUGAAAAUACUCAAAAUUUGUCAACGCCAAAAAAUGUAUCUUCACUAAAAGAAGUUGUUGAGAAUGUGAUAUCUAAUAAUAUUUUACAUGAAACGCAGAGCAUUGGAGAGAUAUCUUCCGCUGUGAAAAACAGUAUAGAUCAAGAGAAUGAAGAAUCUAAAACACCAAGAAUAGAUGUCAUCGUUCCUGAGAUUACACAAAAAGAAUUAAAGGAAGAAGAACCCCAGGAUUCAGCUAGCCCAAGUCAGUCCGAAUGUAGUCGUGCUACUCGAUGGGAAGCUCUCGCUGAUAUGGCUGCAGAAUUGCCACCUACUUUGACCGUUGACCCAAUUACUGGACACAUUUACGCACUCAGUAAAUAA